UACUUUACCGGCGGUAUUCGAAAUUGUAACUUUCUCGGAAAUGCUUGGUGAUUGUGACGGUGCUGAAAAUGUCGCGUCUGUGUAGACUGAACGUGGUUUUGAAAUUCGAUAAGUGCGAUCGGUUAAUGGUGAAUUUUGCAUUUCGGUAAUACAUACGAGUAUAAUUGUCGAUCGACGAUCGCCAUGGAGGUGAUCAUAGUGGUGCUAGCUAAACCAGUCUAAUAUCGGAGGCGCGGUUUUUAAAGAUAAGCUACAACGAAAAUGAAAAUCGCGCUUUUUUUAUUACCAUCAUUCCUAAUCAGCCAAUCGGUUUGUUUCUUAUUGGAAAGCACAUCUUCAUCGUACGCUCAAUUUCGUAAAUGGAACGUCGCCCUCAACGGAUCGCUGGAAUUCGAAUUCAAAACAGAUCAGCCCAAUGGAUUGCUACUCUAUACAGACGACGGAGGAACGUACGAUUUCUUCGAAAUCAAAUUAGUCGAAGGAGCUUUACGAUUAAGGUAUAAUCUCGGAGGAGGUGCUCAGAUUAUUACCGUAGGUCGAGAACUCAACGAUGGACAUUGGCACAAGGUGUCCGUAAAAAGAAACGAUAACAAGACUACGUUAACCUUGGACGAUGUCAGCCAAAGUAGAACGUCCAAAGGCAAGGAAUUCCAUUUCGGUAACUUGGCUACCAAUUCGGAUGUCUACAUUGGUGGCAUGCCGUCGUGGUAUAACACCAAAUUAACCAGAUUAGCAUUGCCGAGCGUGAUUUUCGAGCCUAGAUUUAGCGGAAGUAUUAGAAACCUGGUUUAUACGGAUGCCGAAUCUAAUUCCCCCAAACGACAAAGGAUUAAAAGAUCUUCCAGGAGGAGAGUCGUACAAGGAUUCGAUACAAAGAUACCUGGUAGCGCAGAAGAUAUCUGUGAGACCGAAGAUCCGUGUAAAAAUGGAGGUAUAUGUAUUUCAACUAACAACGGACCGACUUGCGAUUGCCAUAAUUUGGAAUACGAAGGCCUAUUUUGUGAAAAAGAUAAAGCUCCUUCUGAAGCUACAUUCUAUGGCAAGGAAUACGUCGAGUAUAAUCUUCAAGGAGCUGAAAACGAAGCAACCAGCACUACUCAAGAAGUGAUCAGCUUUAGCUUCAGGACGAAAUACUCGAACGGAUUUUUAUUUCAUUCGGGUAACGAAGAAGAUUAUUUAAAUAUUGCAAUCAAAGAAGGAGGUAUUUCCGUCCUAAUGAAAGUGACCACUGGUAAACUGGACAUGUAUAUUAAACCGAACAAAGUGCGCUUCGAUGAUUACAGAUGGCAUAAGAUAAUCUUGCACAGACGAAUCAAGGAGAUUUCCGCCGUGACGAGUUUCUGCCGAGUAUCACUGACGGUGGACGGCAUUUACACUGAGCACGCUAGCACAGCUGGAACAUUUACGAUGCUCUCAUCUAGUAAACUUUAUAUCGGCGGUAGCGAGCACACGAGAACAUUACCUGGUUCCAGUACUAAUCAAAACUUUGUCGGAUGCUUAAGAAGGAUGAUGUACGAAGUGGAUGGCAAGAAAAUUGAUAUUUUCGAUGUGGCCAAGGCUGGUAGUAAGCUGGUUACGUUGGGAGGACAAAUGGCGUUCGCUUGUAAAACAUCUGAUGCUUCUGAUGCGAUCAGUUUUACUACACCGGAUUCGUAUUUGAUACUACCGGAUUGGGAAGCCGCUCAAGCUGGAUCCUUCGCUAUAAAAUUUCGUACCACUGAAUCUCAUGGAUUAUUGGUGUUCAGCAAAGCUUCAGGACCAUCUUUUACUGAUAUAUUCGCCAUCGAGCUAAUAGAAGGUCAAGUGUACUUGAUUAUGGAUCUGGGUGCAGGCGCAGUCAAAGAACAAGUCGGUAUUGGUAAAAUGAACGAUGGUCUGUGGCAUUCGGUUCUUUUACAUCGUGAAGGCAAAAAUGGCAGAGUGGCCGUUGAUGGUUUCGGUAUCGAAUUCUCGUUACCAGGUGAUUCUCGGCAGUUGGAUUUAGGCGUUGGGUUGUUCAUCGGUGGAAUACCUUGGCAGAAAUUUCAAUUGGAUAAAUUCCCAGUGUCUAUUUGGUCUGUAGUUUUGAGACGUGGAUUUGUCGGAUGUAUUCGAGAAUUGAUUUUGAACGAGGAACCGGUCGAUGUUGUGAAAUAUGUUGAAGAACAAGAUUUUGUUUCUAUUGAACCAGUUUGUCAUACUAAUGGGGAAUCGUGCACUUCCAGUCCUUGUUUUAAUAAGGGCGAAUGUAUCAAUGGAUGGAAUAGAUUUAUAUGCGAUUGCUCUAAAACCGAAUUCACUGGACCAACUUGCAGCAAAGUUUCACCGAUCAUGUACUUCAAUGGGUCUCAAAAUAUGCUCAUUAAAAUGCCUCCGAAUACGAAGCAUCAAAUUGAAGAUAUUUUAAUACGUUUCAAAACAGUUAAACCAAAUGGUCUUCUGCUCGCUACUACACACAAGGACGGAGAUACUUUGGAAAUCGGUAUCUUCGGUGGUAAAAUUCGAUUAAUGGUCAAGAUCAAUAAUCGAGAAAAAGCGAUUGUGAAUGCUGAUCAAUUAAAUGAUAAUAAAUGGCAUGCUGUGAGGUACUUGAGAUAUGGAGCUUUUAUUUUAGUUCAAGUUGAUACCAGAAAUUCUAUAAAAGCGGAAAAUGUCUUUCCCGAGUUCGAUACAAUGAACGUUAAUCAUAUCCACAUCGGAGGUUACGUUGAAGUAGCUGACGAAAAUCUUCCAUUAAUUAGUGCCAGACUUACGAAGUUCGUCGGUGCUAUGCAACAAUUAACGUUCAACGAAGUUGACUAUAUCGAGGCUUCCAGAGUGUCUUAUUUGCACGAAGAUGAUACAACGAUGCCAAAAAUUUACUCAAAUGCUCAAUACACCAAAGAAGAAAAUCUGCAAAAUUUGCAUCGUGCAUUUACCAUCCUAUCGAAAAAUACUUACGUUGGUUUAUCUCCGUUCAAAGCUUUCUCCUCAAUCCACAUAUACUUCCAGUUCAAAACCAAAGAACCAAACGGUUUGAUUAUCUUCAGCGGCGGCAAGAAAUCGGAUUAUUUAGCCGUCGAAUUGGCCAGCGGUCAUAUUUACGUGUUCUUCCAAAUGAAAUCCGAAUUGAUUAAGAUUAAAGAUGGUGCUAAGAGUAGUUUCAGCGACAAUAGAUGGCAUACUGUUACAAUUAAGCAACCUACUCGUAAAAUUUAUACUUUACAAGUCGACGAUAUUAUUGUAGCUGCGAUGCGACGUCACGAUGUCGACGAAAGCUUACAAUUAGCUGGAAUUUUGUACAUAGGUGGUAUCCCUAGUGAUGUUAGGAGCGCAGAUUCUAAACCUUUAAGAUCGAAGCACGGAUUUCAAGGGUGUUUAGCUAAUUUACAUUUGAAUGAAGAUUCGCCCGAUCUCGUGCAAGAUGCUUUGUUACCUAGUACCUUAAUCGUAUCUGGUUGCGAAGGCGGAUCUGGUAAAAGAUGCAACCAUAAUACUUGUGAUAAUAGAGGAAUUUGCGUUCAGCAAUGGAAUAAUCAAAUAUGUGAUUGCUCGAUGACCUCGUUUGCCGGAAAAACUUGCUCUCAAGAAUCCAUAUCUUACGAGUUUGGACCUGGUAAAGGUCUAAUUACUUAUACGUUCCCUGAAGACAGAAGACCUGAAAUGAAAACAGACGUUUUAGCUCUUGGAUUUAUUACAGAUAAAGAUGACGCUGUUUUAUUUCGUGUAGAUAGUGGCACAUCGCAAGAUUAUUUAGAAUUAGAAAUAGUUGAAGGAAAUAUUUUUAUGGUUUAUAAUAUGGGUACCCAAGACCAACCUAUUGGAGAAAUUGGUACCAAAGUCAACGACAAUACAUAUCAUAUUAUUAGGUUUACUCGUAAUGGUGCAAAUUCUACUCUACAGCUAGACGAUUUCAAUACUCAGACUAUUUAUCCAGGAGGCCAUCAGUUAUCAGUAUUCAAUAAUCAAGCUACGAUUCAACUUGGUGGUAAAUGGAACAGAUUGAAACAACGAAUAGAACGCCAUUUCGGAGGUAUCAUAUCCGGUUUAGAGUUCAAUGGAUUGAGGAUAUUAGACUUGGCGAGUGAGAAGGAUCGAAGAACUGAAAUUCGUGGCGAUGUUACGAGAGUAUCGAUGAUAAAGAAUCGUGUCAUAUCCGAACCGCCAAUGCAAUAUCAACAAAUGCAACCGACUCCUACGUCUGAUUCUCCCCAAGUAACUGACGAAUUAAUAUUUUCUGGCGCUGGGUCCGGUUGUAAUUAUGAUGACGAAGAUCAUUGUAAAGUUGCUGUUCAAGUAGAUAAAGAUGAUCUAAUCACUCCUGUCUACGUUGCUCCGUCACAUCACCCUUUCACACCUGUAAAACCGAUCAUAACGCAAGAAUCUAAUAAACCACCCUGCGACGACGAAGACUGCGUCGAAGGAUCCGGCUACGAACCGGAACCACCUCCUGAGCAACCUGAAAUAAGUACCGAAGACGAAGCUACGAAAUAUUCGGCAACCCAAGCCACCGAAUUAGAAACAGAUUCGAACAGCUCAGCAACGAUAUCGCAAUUCACCCCGCAUUCGAAUAUAACCAACGUUCCAGUCGUAACAAUUGUUAGCGUUGGAAUAGUGCCUGUGCCUAAUGAUACGUCAUUAAAUAAUAUAGUACUUCAUCUAUUUAACACCACUAAUGAAGUCGUUAAAAAUUUAGAACAUAAAUUGAAGAAAUUAGAAAAUACCACCCUUACAACGGUCACAGAACCGUACACAACGACCAGCACAGUCACAACGCCAGCUACCUACCCGACAACUACGCUAACAUCGACGACCGAAUUAAACACAACGGUCAGCGAUCUCAGGACUACCAUCGCCUUUGCAACCACAACCACACCGAAACGGCGUCCUACUCCGGUUGAUCCACCAGUGAGAGGUAAUAAACCCCAUGAGGCAAACGCUGCCAUCACUAUAAUCAUUAUUUGCGCUAUUUUAAUUGUGAUAAUCGUCAUUACCAUUCUGGUUCUGUUGUUUAAUCGUCGAACCGAAACCAAUUACAAAAUCGAAAGUCAUAAAAGUUUCAAUAAUACUCAAAGUCAAAAUGAGCGAAAACCUUUAUCUGUUUUAUUACCUAAAGAAAGUCAUUCGAAUAUGCAAUCGAAUCUUUUAACGCCGCCGUCUUCGAAUUACAAUAAUAACCUCAGAAUGGGUGCCAAAGUUAAGAAAAGACAAGACGUUAAAGAAUGGUACGUGUAAAAUUCGCUAUAUUCGACAUUUUAUUCGUUGCUGUGAUUUGUGUACGUCUUUGAGUCGUCUUCGUAUCGUCUUUAUCGAUCGAUGUUUUCUAUUUAAAAAAAUCCGUGUAUUAUAUCAUGUACCUACCUAUACUUAUAGAAUAAGAGUUAUUGUAAGAUUAUUGUAUCAUACGUUGUAUUUUUUCAUUUUGAAACGAGAUUCGUUCGUUUCUUAAAUAGCAAUCUUUUUGCAUUUUUGGAAAUGCUUCGAUGCAUUUAUUUAUUGUAUUAUGUACCUAACUACCUAUCUAUGUUUUUGUACGAGGAAACAUUUUUCGUAUUUUUGUGUCAACGUUCGUGUAGGUCGAUUUUUAUGUUUUCAUUUUCAUCUUAUCAUGACAAAUUUUCGAAGCUUCCUAAAGUUAUUUAUUUACGAAAUAAUAAUCGUUGAUUUGUUUUGAACGAUUUUCCAUAGCUUCGAUAAUUUUUGAGGUUACUACCUAUAGUUAUUGUUAUUAUCUAUGAUAGUUUUGCCUUUAUAGUUUUGGUCUUAUGAACUUGGACAGGGAAUGUGUUGACGACUUGACGUAUUACGAGUAUUAUGAUCGAUUGAUUUUUUUUUUUUUGUUCAACUUCAAAUAAUUGUAGUAAUUUAAAAUUCGAAAAAAUAUCAUUCUAAAUCCUAUCAGUUCAGUUUAGUCAGGCGUCAUGCCAAUAUUCCAUCUUUCUACAAUAGGUACCUUAUAAUCAUUUUUUGAUUCUGACUCGGAAGUUGAAGCUUGAAGCUUGAUGAAGCAUACCUAUUCCAAGUUGAAAUAAAUGAAUGACUAAAUGAGUGUUGAUGUUGAAGUUAUUAUUGAAGAGAAAGCCCCAAAAAUAUUCUAAAUUUUCAUGAAAAACCUUCAAAGAUCGUAAUAAUUAGUAAAAUAAUGCUGAUUUUGUAUCUUUUUUUGCAUUCUCAGCAUUUUUUAUUCUUAUCAUCUUUUUAUCUUAUCAAAAAAAAGUUUAUUCAACUCAAUAUCACUCGCAUACGCGACGUACAAAGCCAAUAAAAAAAAAAUUUCGUUUUCCGCGAAAUUUUUCAUUUUUUUUUCAAGCUUGUCGCUCGCGUUGUUUUCCAAUUGAUUAGAAAUUAAUUAAUUAAUUUUCACUGUUUUAAUUGAUUAUUUGAUCGAAUUCUGUAGAUUGUUGUGCGCGUUAUGGUUCCCAAACCAACCCAUUGUAUUUAUACACGUUUCUUAGUUCAGGUGAGUGAUUGUAUAGUUUGAUUGAAAGUUCAUUACCACAUAUCAUUAAUUUUACGAAUUUUGCUAUUUUUAUAUCGGUUUUUAUACUUAUAAGAAUAAUUUGUGAACCAGCUAUGUCAGCCUUAGCACAAAACUACAGUUUUAUAUCGUUUUAUAUGUAUAUUUUCACAUUUACUUUAAACUGCCCAUAAUGGAAACACUAAGUAUACAAUAGGACGUCUUGGAAAAUUACAUCGUAAUGGUUUAAUAACCAUUAUUGACCUAUAUGUAGGGGUGUUUCCAUUCAAUCGCUUGAUUUUUUUUCUCAACAUAUCCAUUUAUUCUAAAUUUUAUUAUACAAGUAAUAUUACGAAGCCUUUCCGUCCAUAAAACUCUAACGACGUUGUUUAUUUUGCAUUUCUCUGAAUCGAUAUAACUCAUCACAAAAGUAUAAUUGCAUAUCCAUUUUGAUUUACGAAUUAUUUUUAUCGUCAAUUAUCCGUUUAAAUAGGGCAAUAUUUUGUUGAAAGCUUGUAUCUAGAAAUAGCUUACUUAUAGGGGAAAUUUUUUAGAGUAUUGUUGAAUGUUGAAACAAAAAAUAACAUCAUCGACAAUACAUGUGAUUUUUAAAAGAAUCUGUAUUCUAUGUAAAAAUAUUGUACAUUUUGUAAUUACCUACUUACGUGUACAUUCCGAGUCCUUUUUUUUCCUAAUUAAUAACUACCGAUAAUAAAUAAUGGAUAAAGUUAACAUUUUAAGCAAUACGUUUCGCUGUUGUUUAUACGAUAUUUUUUUUUAAAAAACAAAAAACACUACGCAUUUGUUAUUUUCCACGAUUGAUUAUUCAUAUUAACGUGAAAAUUAAGUCGUGAAUAGGAAUCCUUUAUGAAGAAAAAUGUCGCGUUCUGAUUACGUAUAGGUAGGUAUUAAAGUACGAAAAGUACAUUAACGUAUUUUUCAAACUGAGUUAAGAAACUGGUGAAAAUUUGAGUGACGAAAGUGAGAAUGAACUGAGAAAAGUCGAGUGUCAUAAAAUCGGUGAAACUAUUCAAAGAAGCCAUCGGAUUGAUAUUCAUCUUACUCGGUAUUGAUUCGAUUGCAUCCAUGAUAUCGGUGACUGUUUUCGUAGGCACACAUUCGACACAUUCGACGACCGUUUCGACGACAUUUUCCAUCAUUUUACUCGGCGCUGUUUCCAAAGUUUCAAUUAUUUUGGUCGGCGUUACUUCCAAUAAUUUGGAAGGAGUUACUUCCAACGGGUUUAAAUUCGCGAACAUUUUCACUCAAUUGUAAAGCACUGUACGACUGGUUUGGUAUGAGUGUGAACUCGGUCUUUUAUAGUUUCAAAAUUUGAACUAGCGUGUAAAAUAUGAUCGUAUAGAUAGGGUAAUGUUUCGUUCGACAAUCGGCGCCUAGAUUAUCGGUAGAUUGUGUUGAAAGAUUACGAAUUUGAAUGAUGAAUUUAUUGUCUAUGUACGAGUAUGUGGUUAAAAUGGAUAUACGUAAACUAUUUCGGUUUCUUGUGGGUCAAUCGUCUCUUAUAUACGUUGAUAUUCGGUUACUUUUUUUUCCAUUUUCUAUCAUGUACUUGAUUUAUUGCGGUUUUAUUCGAAUCAUUUUAUACAUUACCUCGCGUACCUAUUCGAUGAUUAUCGCGAAUAUUCACUAAUUUUUCUAGUAUUCCAAUACCUACUCUUAUUUAUUCAUUCAUUCGUACUUUUUCGCGUUAACUUACUCAAUGUUCCUAAUGUCUAAAAACGUUGCACUUCCGCGUCAUUUCUUUUUCUUCCAUCACUUUCAAUGGUACUAAGUAUACCUAGUCUAAAGAAUCAUUUUCAUUUCUAAAAGUCCUCUGUAUCGCUUCUCAAAUUACUAUCUACCUAUUUGAAAUGAAAUCAGCUUAUGUGCCAUUUUACGUGCCUUUAUACAUAAUACUAUUGAAAACGAGAGAGUUUUGUGCAAUAAAAAAAAAAAAAAGAUUUUGUUAACGAGGAAAAAAUAAUGUUAAUAUGUACAACUUUUAAUUCAUUCUAUAGUCGUUGUGAAUUAAUUAUUAAGGUAUUACGUUGUUCGUAUGUAUGUAAGUUGUUAGUCAUAUGUAAUUGUUGUAAACUGUUUUUUUUUUUUUUUUUUUUUUUUUUUGUUUAGUGAUACGUUUUUACAAUACAUGUUAAUACUGA